AUGCAAACUAAGGAAAGAGGGUCUAGGUUUAGAAAGGAUAAGGAUAAUUUGAGGCAACCUAAUUUAACUACCAAGAAUAAAGGGGUAUGGAUUCAGCAGAAUAAGGGAGGAGAAUUGAAAGAUUCUAUUACCAAAAAUGGUAGCUGUAACACCGAAAUUAAUGAGGGAAGAUCUUUGGAAGUCGGAAAAGAAGAUAUGCCAGACAAGGAAGAGCAUUCAGGCAAAGAUAACGUAGACCAUAAUGGAGAAGAUUUCCUGCCAAAGGAAAGUAUACAACAUAAACAUAUUGAGAAGAUAUUGGGUUCCAGUCCACAUGAGGUUCUAGAGGUGAGCUCUGAUAUAGAGCCCAAUGAGGUUUCAAAUUAUUUAGGCCCAAACCAUAUUGCCAAAGCCCAAGAAAUGCAGUGCGAAGUUCAUGAGAACCUGGGGAGUCUGGCAAAGGCAAUUAAUUUCACUAAUCAACAGUUAAGGGAGUUGGAUGAAGGACAAGGACUACGUAUUUCUUCGGGAGUUCAAGAACCAUCAGUAGUAAAUCAUAUGCUGCAUAUUUCUCAGCUGAAUAAUUUAAAUGAUGAGGACGAUGAGAAUGGAUUUUCUAUUUCUUCUGAAGAUGUCUCGGACGAUGGGAUAGACGAGUCCUCAUCCUUGUUGGAUUAUGGUCACUAUAAGCAAGAUUUUGAAUCCUUAACAGUGGAGGCCAGGGAGAAAUCAAAGUCCAUUACUCCAGAAAUGAUGGCAGUAGUCCAUAAAAAUAUUCAUAGUCAAGGAGAGAUAAUUCCAAGCAUGUUAGGGGAGGAGAUUCAAAAGGCCUUGAAGCUAAGAGGAGUUUAUUCAAGGGAUGACUACGUUAAGAGGUCAUCUCUUCAUGAGCAAUCAAAGAGUUUUUACUCUGAUGGGAAGGAGGCACCAGAA